GAGUGGCUUGGUGGGCGGUACCCAACUAACCACUAGCUUCUUCUAGCUAUCGAUCGUCGGCGUUUAGCUCGACGGUUUUGCAAUGACUGGAUUGUUUCUUUCGGGUGAAUACUGCAAGCCGAGGCGACCAGAAAUGGUUCUUUGGAAACCGCCGUACAAGGUCUGAACUGGAUUGUCAGCCUUGUGUAGUGUUUUUGGUCUCCGCCCCCUCAAGUGUCCUCUGGACCUCGGCUGGCCAUGGUGGUCUGAAGAAAGGGGAGGUGCUGCGUGCGUGCGUCUUGACUCGAAGGGACCCGGAACGAAGAGAAGCACUUUCCCAAGCCCGAUUCCAAUAUGUCUCAAAACCGAGAACUUGUUGAGUUUUACGUUAGCUAUAAACUCUCCUUGAGAAACUACCCCCUCAACCUCGUUGGACUCACACAGGAAUUGAACAGGACUGACGGCGGCGCGGAAGCCUCAGGCGAGGAGCAGCGCAUGCAGACGCCCGCCAACGGGACUACCAAUGGCACCAGUCCCCCAGCGUCGCCGCCACGACAGACGGCGAGCCUAAACGCGGUGAAGGAGGCCCUGCGGGACUCGGCCAAUGAGUUUGAGGUGCGCUACUCCCACGCCUUCAGCGACCUGGACCAACAGCUACACAUCACGCCGGCCACGGCCUACCAAAGCUUUGAGAACGUUGUGAAUGAGGUAUUCCGGGACGACAUCAACUGGGGCCGCAUCGUGGGGCUCUUUGCGUUUGGCGGCGCGCUGUGCGUCGAGUGCAUGGAGAAGGAGAUGAGCCCUCUGGUGGGCAGGAUCAUCGAGUGGAUGACGGUAUACCUAGAUAACCACCUUCAGCCCUGGAUUGAGAGCCAAGGAGGCUGGGAGCGUUUUGCUGAAAUCUUUGGCCACGACGCGGCAGCGGAGAUACGCCGCUCCCAGGAGAGCUUCAAGAAGUGGCUGCUGGCUGGGAUGACCUUGGUGACCGGUGUGGUGGUGGGCUCGCUCCUCGCCCAGAAGCGCCUGUGAUGCCCUCAUCUUACACACUUAGACGCAUACACAUAAAUACACGACACAAGUUGAAGGUUCUGUUUGCCAUCCCCUAUUGGACUGAGAAUUGACCUUGUUGUUUUUGGACUGCUGUGAGAAGCAAGUGGAAGGGGAGAGUCUUUGUGUUCACAUCACCCUUCCCACCCCUGCCAUUAACCUCAGCAUAAACACGUAGACAUGUUAUUUGCAGGAAAUUUCUUCCUUUUUAUGGCCCCUGUUUGGUUUUCUCUCCGUAAUCGCGCACACAUAUUAUUCAUUCUAUCUAUACUACCCAUUUUGAUCCUCCGAGGAGGCUAAGGGUUGACCGACCACCAGAGUAUGUGAACUAGCCUGACAAACGUUACAGUGCACACUACCCACAAAAAUGUUGAGCUUUUGGGCUUUCAGGUGCAGUUUCAGAAUGAACCAGAAUUACCUGUACCACAAGGUCAAAUGAAAAUUUACCUAUAAAGGUGUAUGCCUUUUAGGGUUAUCCUGAUAUUGCACCUGAAAGCCUUGUGUAGCUUUUUGCAAGUAGUCUAUAUAAAUCUCCAAAAAAGCUGUUCCAAAACUUCCGAAAGCAUCCAAGCCACAAAUUAUCAUAAUAUAUAGUAAUGAACAUUUGUUUGCAUCAUUAUCUAUUUUUAUUUUUUUUUUUGUAAUUUUUGUUUUUUGAGGGCGGGUCCACGCAAGUUCCCGAAACUCGAUCUAAAUUGUCAGCAUGUUGUCGGCCUUGGCUACUCCUUUGGCCUGGUGUCGACGCCAUUCCUGACGCUGGCAAGACAUCACAAGCUCGAGCAUGGCUGUGCCAUAUGGAAAGCGAAGGGCAGGAUGUGGUUAUCGGAACAGUAAAGAAAAUUAAUAAUAAACAACAAAGUGCUGCAUUCCUCUCUGAUACUGUCUCGCAUGGUAGUUUGUAAUGUGUGGUGCUUUUUGUUUAUGAGAAGACAUUUUAGCUGUUGAAUGCGGCUGUAUAAAACAAAAGUGAGCUUACGUUUUGCUCAUGUGCUUUUAGUUGUAUUUGGAUUUUUAAGACAAUUGAACCCCAGCACUCCCAGCUGAUUUAUUGCUCAAUUUUGAGUGGUGUUUUAAUUUUUUUUUUCCCCGAAUGUUUACGUUCAGCCAGCCAGAGCACAGUCUGCCGUGUUUGUGUGUGUGUGUGUGUGUGUGUGUGUGUGUGCGCGUGCGUUCGUGUGUGUGCGUGUGUUGGGGGGGCACGUUGUCCUCGUUUACUAGACAGUAGCUGACAAAUGCAGCAAACGUAGCAGCUCACACCGCAGAUAGGACAUUUCUCAGCAUGACCAUGUUAGAUAUUUGGAUGUAAAGUUGUAAUGUUGAUAGCACUGAUCAUUUAACACCCCCUGUUAAACAUUUUCAAUAUGAGCAGUUAAUAAAAGUUUAUGAUGCA